CGUUUCAGUUGUUUUGAGUCGUUGGUGGAUGCAGGAAGUCUCGUUUCGUGUCGCGAUCUCGAGUGGCCGUGUCAUAUAUGCGCGAGUAGUGUGUGCGUUCGUCGAUUCGUUACGACUCAGAUAUAAAUACAUUUGCAAAAGAAAAAACUUGAAUUAUAAGUAAAAGGAUCAAGACGAUCAACAUCAGUUUUGCCACAAGACGAUUGUACCGGAAAUAAGGUUUUGAGUGUUGUUUUUGUAUAAUAAGUGAAAAACUGUUUUUUUUUUUUUUUGAGAAAACCACAAGAACAUUAAAAAAUUAUAUAAAAGUUAAAACCUUGAGAAAGAAAUUGCAUGCGGCCAGGCCGUUAGCAAAAAAACUCCUUCGCCAUCGAGAAUGUCGCAGCGCGAGACCGUGAUACAUCUCGUUGCCGGAGGGGUUGCUGGCACGGUCGGUGCCAUCGUAACUUGCCCUCUCGAAGUAGUCAAAACGAGAUUGCAGUCGUCAACUUCUGGUUUCUAUCCACCGCCCCCUGGAAAUAAGGAACACACUUCUGGUCAUGUGACGUGCAAGAGUUUUCCCACACCCCAGCAGAGGAGGCGACUCUGCACUGGAGGGUACCCAAGGUACGCUCUUGUGGCACUUUCUCACUGCGGAGUCGCUCCUCCGCCUGGAGGUGGGCCACACCACAGCCAUGCACGACCAGGCUUGAUACACUGUCUGAGGUACAUAGUCGAGCACGAGGGAGCACGUGCCCUGUUCAAAGGUCUGGGACCGAACCUCGUCGGCGUAGCGCCCUCGAGGGCCAUUUACUUUUGCACGUAUUCCCAGAGCAAGGCGUUCUUCAAUUCUCUUCUGCCAGCUGACAGUCCGCUGGUUCACGUUUGUUCAGCCUCUUGUGCUGGUUUCGUGGCGAGCACCGCGACGAAUCCGAUAUGGUUUGUCAAAACGAGGCUGCAGCUUGAUCCUCACAUGAAUCGAAUGACUGCCGUCGAGUGCAUCCGGAGGAUAUAUCAACAAUCGGGAUUCCUCGGUUUCUACAAAGGCAUCGUCGCUUCGUACAUGGGAAUAAGCGAAACAGUUGUUCAUUUCGUCAUAUACGAAGCUGUUAAAAGUUGGCUCACGACGCACCGUUCCAGAGUACCAACGAACGACGACGGCUCCAAAACUUCACGUGACUUUUUGGAGUUCAUGGCCGCUGGAGCUUUCUCGAAAACGAUCGCUUCGUGCAUCGCUUAUCCUCAUGAAGUGGCACGGACUCGUCUGAGAGAAGAAGGAACGAAAUAUCGAUCGUUCUGGCAGACAUUACACACGGUAUAUACGGAAGAAGGUUCGAGAGGCUUGUACCGGGGUUUGGCGACUCAAUUAGUCCGACAAAUUCCCAACACAGCAAUUAUGAUGGCAACGUACGAGGCUGUCGUUUAUGUAUUAACGCGACACUUUCACUCGUCGAAUUCGAGCUCCGGUAACAGCCAAUACUACAGCGAGAGCAAGCCGAAAAGAGAAUUGGUCUAGGAAUGGCUACGUGGUCCUGAAUAAAGGAUCCACGCGAGAUUUCCUCCUUUCUUCCGGGGUCGCACGGAACGGUGCGAAAUGCUGAUCGUGAAAAUUCGAUUUUUUCGAUUUUCCGAGCUCAAGGCAUUUUAGUAGAUUUCCGUUUUGAAGUAACGGAAUGCAAAUGUCUUCUCGAUUCGUUGACGGUCGGAUCAAAGAACUCGCUUUGAUUGGAUGAAUCCGAGGCAGUGAUUUGGUGGAAGACAACGAUUGUGACUAAAAAAUGAGGCCUCAUCGAACGAGAUUCGAAUUGAUUUGUUAAUUUGGAUUUGGCGACUUUUUCGGUCUCUCCAUAUCGUCUCAGUGCUCAAAUUUUAUGAUUCGUUGGUAAAUUUUACAUUUAUAACACGAAGACAUAAAACCGUAUUGAGAAGCUCGUCGAGAGCUGGAGAUACGAUUCCAAGAAUACAUUUUUCCUGAAUUCCUAUUUUUUUUUUUCGUGUAAACGGUUUUAAUCAGAGCUUCAAAAUUUCCAGUGCCUUCUAGUAAAAUUUGUUUGGUUUGGGUUACAAAUUUUUUUAUUUGAUCAUUCAUCGGUACGGCGCUGAGUAGUCUUUUUCUAUUGCUAUUAUCGAUAUUGCGAUCGAGUUGUAAUCAAGGCCAAUUGACAGAGGGAGCGACGCCGAAAAUUCUCCAAUUCUCACAGGGACCUUAAAACUGUCAUUUUUGUCGUAAUCAAGAUUGAAUCUUGUUCCUCGUUUCACGGAGAAUCUCGAAACACAAAACUCUCUUGUGAACUAUGCGAUAAUUGUUACUGAAUCGUCGACGAUGACCAGGAAUUGCUGCUCGAAAAUAAUUAUAAAUAAAGUGACCUUCCUUUGAGAUUUUUUUGCGCCAUUGGAAUUAGUGAUAUUUUGUCGAAAUAUCUUCAAAGUGAUACAUUUGAAAAAUGGAAAAAAGCUUUUUUGAGUCGGUAAAUAUAUGAAGACUUAUUAAAAUUGUAAUUGGUAAUAUUUUUUAAAACGAUUUGUGAUAAAGAGAUAUUGUAAUGUUUUUUUAAAAAUUCGAUUGUUAUUUUCGGGCAGAAUUUGUAACAUACAAAUGAAAAAAUUGGCGUUUUCAAGUUUAAUGACAUGUUACGAACAUGAUAGUCACAACGUCUAUCGGAAACAGCGAGAUUUCUCGUCAAUGAGUGUCAUUUACAACGAAGCUAAAAACUGGAUUAGCUGAUAAGAACCCCAACACCCAAGGAGCGAGAGUAAAUUGAUAAAGAAGCUAUUGGAAAAAUAUUUUUUCGUACUACUCUCAUCGAGUCAGUCAGUUGAUGAAAUUUUUUGUUAGAGAGAAAACAGCACGGUUAGUGCGAUAAAUAUACACUGCAACGUAGCCUCCUCGCUUUAAUAAAAACGAGAAAAAAAAUAAAAGAUACUAAAGCAAAAUGAACGAUAGAUGCAGUCAUGUAAAUAAUAAAUAUUAGAAUCUAUUCAUAGAAAUAACCCAGAUUGUUUUUAUCUUUCCAUUAUCCACGUUGUAAAUAGCUUAUUGUAUAGAAUGAGUGAUGAAAGGAUACAAGUAUUACAUUAGAUUUUUUGACCUUGUAUGAUUGAUCCGCUAUCGAGACGAGUGAAAAUACGAUAAAAUACGAUAAGUCCAAAUUGUAUGUGUGAAAAUGAAUUGACGAGAGUGAGAGAAGAAAAUGAGAAAUGAAGAAAAAUUUAAAAAAAUGAAUGCAAUGAUGCUCGUCGUCUCUUGAACGCUCAACCAAAAUUGCAGCCACAUACAAUUUCGUUUGUACCGACAAAAAUUUGUCUAAUUGACCGAGUCAAAUACGCUGGGAAAAAUUUUGUUACAAAAUUGACGACUCACGUCCAAUAUUACGAUUCUGUCGAAGUGAGAGUCGACGAGAUAUUCUGUGAUUUUAGUUUAUCUACUGAAAAUGUAGCUGAAAAACAAGCAAAAUAUGGUUGAGUCUUUCUAGACUGUGUUUUCAUCUUUCUUUUUCUAAGUUUCUGAAUGCAUAGGUGCCAAAUGAGCGACUAAAGUGUACAAAUAGUAUGGAUGAUCUUUCUUACGAGUGUUAAUGUAAGCGAAAUAACAAUGACGUUGCUUGUACGGAGAAGAAAAAAAGAACAUUCUUUUUCUCGUCAUUAUUAAAAAAUCGAAGACCUAAUUAUAACAAGGGAAAGCCCAAAAUUGUAUGAACUCUCGAUGUGUGUGAUACGAGCACACACACACAUACACACACACACACUCGCAUAUUGAUAGAAAAAGAUCGAUUAUGUUGCUGAAAGACUGAAUUAAUUUUACCGUACUUAGAGCGUAGAAAGUUUGUUUUCCAAAAUUCAAUAGGUCAAAGACCGUAAAAGAGCCACCAGCAAAUAAAAAACAUAGCGUAGUAUCGUUAAGAAAUAAUUCGAAAAUUGGAACGAAAUAAAUGAGACGAUGAAACAAAAUAUUUUCCAAAUGUAUCCAGUGGUCAUUAAAAACACUCGAUUUACCUACUUGAAAUGAGACAAAAAAUAUAAAUUAAAGAGCAGCCGUUACGGUGACUAUUAAAUACGUCGAGAAAAUAUGGUUGAUAAAGUAGCAAAACGAAAAACAUUAUUAAACUUUUCCGUCGUGUAUCAUAGACUUAUUUUUAGGAAGCUCUUCUUCGAGAAUUAUGCUAAACCGACAAACAAAUAAACAAAAAUGCCUACCCUUCGAGUAUGUAAGUGGCUGUAUUAGAGUCGCCCAGCGAAAUUGGGAUUUUUAUUAUAAAGAUGAAAAAAAAAACAUAUAAUGUGAAAAGACAUAAAAAAAAAUACUGAUAAUUAGAAAUAUUUGAGAAACGCAUAAUCAGAUGAUAAGCGAGCAAAGUUUCCGAAUUUAUAAAUAAUAAUACAUCCUGUUGUUCCUCGACCCGUGUACAUUAUAACUGCGUUGUAUUAUUUAAAUACGAAAAUUAAAAAGCAUUGAAAAUGAA